ACGUUAACGUUUGUCUCAGGCUUGUAACGUUAUAUAUACAUUACAUCUUAGUAUGUAUUUCAAGGUGAAUUGCUAACAUUAGUAUAUUAAUUUUCAGCUAAUAAUCCAAUUGUUUAACAAGCUAAGCUAACUAGUAAUAAUAAAACAAACCAUGCACGCACAUUCUGAAAUUGCAGCUGCUUUUUAACAUUUUUGUUUUCACGCUAGCUUGCUAGCCAGCGGGCUAAUGAGUCUCUCCAGGGAGAGAGGGAACCAAACGGUGUACCCAGCCUCAGUCGAGGUUUUUGGCGGUCGCUGUGCAGUUUUGAGCGGGCGAAUGGCAGCCAUGGAGAUAUUUAGACGGAACAUUUAAAAACCCAAGCGAGGGGAUUUAAAUUCCGUUUAUCAACGGCACACGACAGCAUAGCAACUAUGGAAUUGUUGUCACUAUCGUCGACCGUUAACUUCUGGUUGUUUGUUUCAUCCACUUGGAAGGUUAAAGUAACAUAACCUGUUAGUUAUUUACCUACUUUUAUUUAUUUUUAUAUUUUUUUAGCAUAAGUCAGCUAGAUAUAUUUGUAUUUUCCAAAAUUGAGUACAGGUUACAUGUUUGUCCAAUUGUCUAAUUUUAGCUAACUAGCUAGCUACAUGAAUUAACUGAGGGCUAACGUUAGCAAACUAGCUAACUAGCGUACAACAAAAGUGGCUUUACGCUUUUUGUCUAACGCCAUUGUUUUUCAAUGUCUUCUCACAGAUCAGUUUGAAACACCAGACCCGUCACCUGGUGAAUCUUUGUGUUUCUACAUCUUAAAGGGAGUAUGGAUCACUGUCUCGGACCAGAUGUCAAUUUCCACAGCCUCAAAGACCUGCAAUAUGGAGCUUGUCAUGACAGUGGAUACCUGGACAGUGGUUACAGCUCUAAAAUUGAGAGUGGAGACGAUUUUAACCUCUCAAAGUGUUUUUCUUCAGAUGGUUUGCAUGAAACGCCUAAAGAGAACGUUUCACAGAAAUGCGAACCUCUGUCACCCAGAAAGAACAGACAAAAAGAGUCUGUCAGAAGUCCACUGAAAGACAUUCUGAAGGAGCAGCCUUUACAGAACGGCUGGUGUGAAACUCCUAAAGUAUCCAGGAGAGAUCCUUUGCUGAGACGACGUCUCCUCAUGUCUAAAUCUGCCCCGGAGGGUAAAACUGCAGACGAUACAGAAACACCAUGCACUAAAAGGACGGACUCGUCAGCGAAUGGGAGAACUGAACACGGCUUAAAUGGGGUCUUUGACUCACCAGAUGCCUUUACUGUUGGCGCUUUGGCUACGAGCACUUUAAAACCAGAAGAUGUGCUUCUCUCCGGCAGGAAACUGCGCCUCCUCUUCUCUCUUGUAAAAACCUCAACACUUGAAGAUGGUAAAUGCAACACGAACAACGGCGCUCUCUUUGAGAGAAAGGCGUCCGAUACGUCGCUCUCGGAUGCAGACCUGGAAGAGAGCAUCGUCCCCUCAGACCUCCUUACCACUGAGAUGCUGGAGACCCCACGCUAUAGCAGAGUAACACCCUCGGUGAAAGAUCAUUUCCAAACUCCAAUCGACAACGACGUAGCAGCUAACCUCUCGGACAGCCCGAGUGUCCUGAGCACCCCUACUCCUAAACACCACUUUGACACCCCGUCCUCCACCCCUACUCAUAAACACUAUGACCGCUUUGUGUCUGACGACAGCGGCUUCAGCUCCUUGGCUCUGGAUAAAUCCCAGGACUCCACGGUAGACAAUGAUGGUUCCUUCCAGGAGCUGCUGCUGUUGUCAUCGGGUAACUCCAGGUGCAAGGAGACCCCCAGCAGGCUGGCUGAGAUGAAGAGGAGGUCCAGACUGGAGCGCCAGCGUCGCCUGUCCACUCUCCGAGAGGGCGGUUCCCAGUCUGAGGGGGACCGGGACGUGAGGAACCUGGCAGCCCACAGAACUCAUGGCAGAGAGAAGAACCUGAUAUCCCAGGGACACCUGGAGCGCAGCAUCAUCAACGAGGAUGACGACGGUGACGUCUUCCCGGAUGUGACACCGCCGAAAACAACCACCGCUAAGCUAGAGGACCUGUCCUUCACGCCGGCCCUGCAGAUGGUCCAGGCCCUGUCCCAGAGGACAUCCAGGAUGUUGCUGGAGCACACCAGUCUGGAGGAACUGCUGAGGGUCUCUGAGAAGGAGGCCUUCAGGACCACCAUGCCUCUGGCUGGGCUGAUCGGCAGGAAGAUGGGCCUGGGGAAGGUAGACAUCUUUACUGAGCUGAAGAAGAAGAAUCUCAGACACAUCCUGGCUAAGAUCCUCAAUCAGCUGUCCUCUGAAGAUGUCUAUAGGGUUGGUCAGGUGUCCCGUAGCUGGAAUGAGGUCAUAGUUCAGGACAAGGUGUCCAGCCGCAGGAGGAGACACUACCUGAUGGACGUCAAGGCAGCUCUGGAGCUUGGCAGCGCAGUCCAUCUCCCAGAUGCAGAGACCAGGUUGACCCUGCUGAGCCGGUCUGCCCUGAAGUCAGUCCAGGCCCAGUCCGGGACCCCCAGGACCAGCGUCCGUGGUACCCCCCAGUCAGGAACGGGCACUGUAACCCCCGUCCAGCACAACUCAGCCAGUAAACAGGACCUGUUCAUACAGGUGGCCAAAACCCUUUUCGUUGACGAAUGUCUGAAGUCCUGCCCUCGAUGCCGGCACCCCGCUAGGUGUCACUCGGUAAAGAUGGAGGGCGUGUGUAGCGGCGUUGACUGCGGCUUCCGGUUCUGUACCGCCUGUCUUUGUACCUUCCACGGGUCCAGAGAAUGCGCUAGCCUGUCGGCCAAACGACGCGGCGGGAAGGACGUUUUACCCGGGAGCGCUCGGAGUAAACGCAAUGUCAGGAGAUUGUGAAUGUGUUUUAUUUUUAUGUGUUUAUUUGCAAUUAUUUGUACUUCCUGUUCCUCUCUUUUAAAUUUGUUUUAGCUUGAAUGUAUUUUUUAAAUUAUGUGUCGGCGAGGAGCACUGCAAGUAGAAUCAGAGAUGAAAUGGCUACUGAAUGCUGGCCUCCUCCUGAGCUAAUUCAUUGGUGUACAAAAAUGUUGUUUCUCUUCUCAACUGGAUUUUUAUAUGAAUGUUUCUGUAAACUACUGUAUAUUGUCUACAUUUACACAUUUAAUUUUAAUAAAGUUAUACUUUUUACA